AUGGCAAACUUAACCACCAGCCUUCAGGUUUCCCCAACUGGUUCCGGUACCACCUCAGUCCCGUCCUUCAGUGUUUCCUACAACUCUGACUUUGCUAAUGACACUAUUACGGCCACUGUCGCACCUAUUCCCACCAAAUGGCCUACUAUCCCGUCGAGUCUGCUUCUUCCAGGAGACACUUGGAUCACCACGACCGUCCCAGCCACCGAUACUCCGUCUGCUACCUGGGUGCUUUCAUUUUCAAGAUCGGAAGAUAGCCCCGCUCCUCAAGAUCGUACAUCAGUCUUUUUCACGACUGGACAUUCAUUGUGGUCCACAGCACCGUCCAACCAGCCGUCGGUGAAUACAGACCCUACGCCAGUGACGACGCCGACGGACAGCGCAGGAGUUGGAGAUAUUUCGAGUCAAUUGAGCGGUGGGGAUGGGUUUCCGCGCCCCACGUCUUCCUUCGAUAACAUCAUACUGUUAACCAACACCGUCGCUAUCAGCUCGACAGGUGGUCCGGCGACUGUGGCGCCUCUCCCAACGAGCUGGCCGACAAUACCUAUAGUCGCCCUUCCAGGAGACCCUGCUCCGGACGACCGAGCACCACUUUCUAUCUCGUCGCUUUCUUAUUCCACAACCACAUCAUCGGGUUACUUGCCUACAACCGUUUCGCUAGAAGAUUCGCCGUCGCCGACUGCGAGGACAUCUCUUAACCCGACAGCGGUCGGUGACGACAACCUCAGAAAGAGGCACCUCGACUCAACCGAAUGGUGUAGAGCCGGAUAG